AUGCAUGCGGCAGCGGAUCGGCUCGCGAUAUUCUGUACAUACCGCUUUGACGUAACCACGCGCCAUACAGUCGGAAAGGCGGGAGACCGUUGCUUCCGCGUGUGUCAAGAAGUCAAGAUGGACGAAAAGUUGAUAUUGUCCGUUUUUAAUUUUCCUGAGCUGUAUAAUAAAACGUUGCCAGAUUACCGCAAUGGUGACACAAGAUCACUUGCUUGGGGGAGAAUCAGCGCAUUGACAGCUCUUCCAGGUGAGCUAUGGUAGCCUAUUUCUACAAAUCAUCAAGUCACGUUGACACAAAUGUUUUAGCUUGCUAGUUGUAAGCUGACUUGUUUGUCAAGUUUGUUUAUAUUAUAUGUUUUAAAUCACGUGAGUAGCAUAUGAGUACGGUGAGUUAACAGCACCUCACUGCAAGAACCGCGUGAAUCGUAUUGUAGUCAAUGGGGAGGCAGCGGCCGACGAAGUCGUGAGCGCAGCGCAGACGGCAGACACCGCCGCACAGGGAGGGACUUUUUUUUCCGUUCCCAACAGCGCGAUGAGACACGAGUAACAUUACUUGAGGCAUCGUAUUUUCCACGAUUAAUGACAUUAGCUACCAAUUAAUCACUGAUAGAAAAAAUGUCGAAGUAGCCUGUGGACAUUUUGAUAUCAAAUGGAGAGCACUACAAAUUAGUACCAACUCAAUGGUAGAUCCUUCUAUUUAGUUUAUAAGUAGGAACCCGAUGAGGCUCCAUCAAUGGGAUAGAAAGAGGUGUUCAAUCACCUCUUAACGUUAUCUGAAUAUUUUUUUCAAUAAAUAGUUAUAUUCAUAGUACUUUAGAAAGAUUAUUUCGUGUGGUCAAAUAUUCUGCAUGUUUAGCUUGUUCGAUAUCAAAUGCAUAAAACAAUAUAUUAUUUUGAGUAUGAUGAAUCUAUAUUGAUUUAUCCCUUUAGCUGAAGAGUGCAAAAGGAAAUGGAAGAAUCUGAGAGACCGAUACUUCAAGGAAGUACGACAGGAGAAGAGGAUUAAGGAGGAAGCAGGGGAGCUCACCCCCAGCCGAUGGAAAUACAGACAACUUCUGAUCUUUCUUCAACCAUUCAUUAAACCCAGAAACAGCAAUGUGGACCCUGCCAACCUGGAAAGCCCUGAUACAAUCAAUAAAAGCACACAGAGUGAAAUAGAACCUGUCAAAACACUCAACACAGCCCUGGAGAACGACAUGAAAACCCCUAGCACCCAGGUUGGCACCAUGUCACAGCUAGCUUUUGUGACCCAGCUGUCCCCAGGGCAACAAGGAACCCAGAUGGCCCAGCUGUCUUUUCUGGCCAAGCUUCCACCAGGCACCCAGAUAUUCCCAGGGCCCCAGACAUCUGCAGUGCUCCAGUCAUCAACAUACACAACCAGGAAGAGGCCUCAGACAAGACAACCUGCUUCACCAUGUUCCUCAACCACUCCCUCUAAGCGCUCCGCUAAGAACAGGAGGCUGCUGGCCAAAGAGAAAGAUCUCAGAUCAGAUUCCACGAUCCCUAACCGGCAGUGUGACGAGGAUGAGAUGUUUCUCCUCAGCUUCGUUCCUGCUUUGAAGAGGCUUGCCCCACAAAAAAGAUGUGAGACCAAAAUGAAGAUCCAACAGAUUAUGUAUGAGGCCGAGUUUAGUAUGGAUCAACCAGUGACUGUCAAUGACCCACCGGUGACAGUGUCCCUAGAUCAGCCAGUGACAGUGUCCAAAGAACUGCCAGAGCAAGAGACGUCGUAA